AUGGUUCAUCUCAAGAGCCUCGUCAUCCUCCUCCCCCUCCUUUCCUUCGCGGCAGCUUUGCCGACGGGCGAACCUCCUUCCACCAACGUCGCCGCCACCGGACCCGCCGCCACCACAUUCGGCCAGGACACCCUUGCCGAGCUGCUCGCGGCUGAUGCCGAGGCCUCGUCGUCGUUUUCCGCGUCGGACCUCGAAAGGCGCAACUGGCUCACUAAUCUUUUCAAGAAGAAGAAGAAGCCCAUUGACAAGCAGGACAUUAGCAAGCCCGUCCCUCCGCCUUCGCCCCCGCCUCCGCCGGCCCCUUUCCAUGGCCCCAGCAGCGACUGGAAGAAGCAGGGCCUGGAGAACAUCGUUCCCCCUGGCAAGAAGCCCGGACACGCAGCACGGGACGUCAAGGGAUAG